AUGUCACCAUUGCAUUUAGCCGUUCAUUUUAGGCUUGCAGAGAUUGUUAAGCUUCUGCUUGAAGAGCAGGAUAUUGAACUAAACGCUGUAAGCGGCGAUGGCAGCUCAAUAUUUCUAUCAGCAGUCAUCACCGGCGAUGAGUACUUGGUCAGGCUCCUUGGAGAGGUACCAGGUGUAGAAGUCAAUCACAAAGAUCACCAAGGCCGUUCGGCAUUAAUGUUGGCAUGCAGAGACGGUUAUAUGAAUAUUGCCAAGUACCUUCUU